UUCGAAGUCGAGCCACUCGUUGGGCGAGAACACGUCCAAGUCACAGAAAGGCGAAGAGCCUCUGAUGACGGUUUCAUAGCCGCAUAGUUGUUGCAUGCCAACAAUAUCGUCUUCUGUGAAGUUGAACCCAGGGGCGAGAUCGUGGAAUCUCGCCAUAAUCGGCUUGGUGUACGUCUCUUUGUAUUGCUGGAAGCUCUACUGCUGUACUUUGGACAUCCUUUGUACGGCGUCAGAGAGUCCGCACCUUCUGCUUUGCUUUCCGGCACAUCGAUACGAUGGGUUUCGUUGCUCCUGGACAGGCCAUCGAUGAAAGAGGAAGCACUCAAUUGCGUCCUCUCCGCAGUCGAUGUCCACACCUUUUCAGGCUUCUUCAAGCCAGGAUAUCGCAGGCUGACAUCCACACCAAGUUUGUAGGAUUGUAGCUGGCCAAUCUUGGUGAGGUCCUCCAACUCUUCCUCGGAGAUGGGAUUUUGCCAGUUGGAGAGGAAACGCAAUGGACCCGCCCGUUGCCAGUCGACCGUAGUAUUCUUCAACUUAUCGGUGAAAGGCUCAAUGUACUCCUCAUAAUCAAAGUCGUUCGCGUAGAUUGCAGCAUGGCGAACCAGGUAUGUGCUACGUGUGACGUUGCAACCCUGAGCCGGCUUUGGAUCGAGCGGUGGAGAUUCCGGUUCAAAAUAAGGAGCAAUCCCAGCAAGAUGCUCCAAUGGGUUAAACGAAUAGGCUGAAAGAGUGCCUACGAAAGCGAAAAGAAGGGGGCUUGAACGGAGCAUUCUUGCGGCUAGCAGGGUGCAAUGAGACCUGGUUGCUGAGGGAAAACAGCAUCCAUUGAUGUUACCGUACUGUACCCUAUAUAC